AUGAAAUUACUGAUGGCGACAAAAUUACUCGCAGCCAUAGAAGUGGUCAUCGCGCUAGCCGCUGCAACAUCUGCUAUCGAUACUGCAGGCGAAAAAGUAACAAAAUUGAGCGCACAACAUUGCAACAGCUCGAGAGUGACGAAUCCCACACAAUGGAUGUGGGGCGACGUGAAUCCGAAUAUAUAUUACAUUUGUGAUGAAUCGAGUAACGCAACGCGGCAAUUGCAUUGUCCAGCGGGACGUGGCUUUUUCAAUGGACGCGGCCAUUACGGUUGCCUACCGUACGAAAAGUGGCCAGCUUGCUUGGAUGCCAACGGUAGCAGUAACAGCAGCAGUAAUAAAAGCAGCAAUGCAUCCGCAGCGGAUUUGUGCACGGACGUUGGGUAUUUGCAUGAGACCUGGCCGGCUGUGGAUCCGAAUAAAUUUCAUAUGUGCCAACAGGCGAAUACAACACCAUUGUUGCUGAACUGUGAGUCGGGUAAAGGUUAUGUCAGCGCAUGGCUGGGCGGCGCACGUGAGGCUGGUGGAAAGGGUCAUGGUGGGCAUGAGGGCACACAUAUUGUUGGCUGUGCCACAUGGGAGAAGUGGCGGAUGUACAUGCACUGUGAGGACUAUUAUUGA